AUGGAGUUGUGGGAGCUGACCGUGCUUCUGGUGCUCAACACCUUUGUGAUGGUGUUCCUGCAAACUCAGGUCCUGACAGGGCCGCCCAGUGCUUCGGGAAUUGGCAGCACCCUUUUUGGUGGUGCAUCUAGUAACGAAGCGGCACAAGCUCAGCUCAAGCGCCUGUCCGGACAAGUUGACGAGCUGGCCCGCGCCAUUGAGGCCCUUCGAGCAACAUCGCCUUCCAUUGACGCGGUGUCACAACUGUUGGAUGCCAAGCUCGGACAGCUCGCACGAGAGCCCGGACCCACAACUAAAAACUCAGCAAUCCCCGUCGCCCCCGCUCAGCCUGCAGCUGCCACAGCUGCGGCGCCCGCACCCAGCACUGCCGCGCCUUUGGCUUUGGAUGCCACCACCAUGCAUUUUGUUUUUGGGCUAUGGGAUGCUGACGAAGCCAUGCCGGAUCUCUUCAAGC